AGACAGGUGGGCGUGGCGCAUUCGCAGCAUUCGCAGUGUUUACUGUUUUGUCAACAAAGAAUGCGAGUUUGACGCCGUGCAGCUGAUAUUCCGUCCCUUUGAGGUCAUGUAACCUGAUGUAACCCUGAGAUUAGGCCAAGGAUGAAGAGGGUGCAGUGGCCCUUGUUGGGCUUCUGCGGCGCCUACGUGUUGGGCUUCGUGGCGUGCCUGCUGCUGCUGGGACGGCCGUCGCCUCCGGAGGAGACCCUGUCGAUGGCGUCCGUGAGGCCGCCGGCGGAGGACCGCUACCGCGACUGGCUGGCCACGCAGGGCGUGCGGAAUGGCAGGGCGUCGGCCGACGCCGUCUCGUACGGCAACGCCAGCGCCGAGUCGGAGGCCGCCUUCCUCUUCGCCAGGGUCAACGUGGCGUGCGUCGUCUUUGCCAGGAAGGGCAAGAAGGCGCGCGCCAUCGAGCAGACCUGGGGCCGCGGCUGCAACCGCCUCGAGUUCUUCGCCGCUGCGGGAUCGCACCUUCAAGCCUCAGACCUUGACGUCCGGCUUGUCGAAAAACCCAAGUCUUCCUGGCACCUUCUCUGCUCUGUGAUUAAUCAGGUGUGGCAUUCCUCUGGGAAGGAGCUGCAAUGGGUGAUUUUCCUCCCAGAGGACUUGUUCGUGCUACCUGAGAACCUGAGGCUGCUGGUGGCGCCGCUGGACGCCAAUACGCCGUAUUAUCUGGGCCAUGCGAUGAGUUUGUGGAACGAGGACUACAACGUGGCGCAGGCUGGCUACGUGCUCAGCAAGGGCGCGCUCAAGCUCAUCGUCGACCGCUUCAACUCGUCCCAGGCGUGCGAGGACAGCGGCAAACACUGGAAGAAUGAGGACUUUUACCUCGGCAAGUAUCUGGGCGAGGCCGGCGUGAGCCCAGAGGACACGAGGGACCACAGACUGCGAGGCCGCUUCCACGGCUUCAAUCUCAACCAAAUGCUCUUCUCGCACAAACUCUCUCCUCUCGGCAGCUACUGGAAGAGAAGCAUUUACCCUGUUGAUGAGGGUUUGAACUGCUGCAGCGAUUCGUCGAUUACAUUCCAAGGCGUGGAGCCGGACAAGGUUUUCCAGUUCCACUACCUGCUGUACCGGGUGAAGCGUUUUGCCGAAAAGGGUGGUCUGGGCAACCUUCCUGCGCCCACUCCCCUUCCAGGCAACGAACCCUGGCGCGUGUUCCUGCGCGACGAGCAGCUGUGGGACCGGCCUGGCGAGGACAUCUCCGCUGACCAGUAUUAUCGACUCUCGUCCAAGAUUGCUUCCAAGCUGUCAGUCCUCCACUACAAGCACCUAUGAAUCUGUAUUUACACGUUUGUAUUCCAAUUUUUACUCAUAUUAUUCUUUUUGCUUGCCAAAUAAAGAUGUGCAAUUUAUUUACAAUAU